AUGAGGGCUGCAAACAUGCUGCGCCUCGGCGCCACCCGGCUCUCGACGCCGCUGCUUCGUCGAGGCCUCGCCACGCAUGCUGCGGUCAACCCGGCUAGCGGCACGUACAACCUCGUCGAAAAGAUCGUGCAGAAGUACGCCGUGGAUCAAGCGCCAGGAUCGCACGUCAAGUCGGGCGACUACGUCUCCAUCCGCCCCGGCACCGUCAUGACGCACGACAACACCGGCCCCGUCAUCUCCAAGUUCGGCUCGAUCGGCGCCACGUCGAUCUACAACCCGGACCAGGUGGUGUUUGCGCUGGACCACGAUGUGCAGAACAAGUCGGCCAAGAAUCUGGAAAAGUACAGCAAGAUCGAGAGCUUUGCGCGCAAGCACGGCAUCGAUUUCUACCCUGCCGGACGCGGUAUCGGCCAUCAGGUGCUGGUCGAGGAGGGCUACGCAUUCCCGCAGACGCUGGCGGUAGCAAGUGACUCGCAUUCCAACAUGUACGGCGGCGUUGGCUGUCUCGGUACACCCAUCGUGCGUACGGAUGCGGCGGCGAUCUGGGCGACCGGUCAGACUUGGUGGCAGAUCCCCGAGGUGGUCAAGGUUGAGCUCAAGGGCCAGCUGCCCCAAGGCGUGACCGGUAAGGAUGUGAUCGUGGCGCUCUGCGGCUACUUCAACCAGGACCAGGUGCUCAAUGCUGCCAUCGAGUUCCACGGCUCCGGCCUUUCGGCGCUCUCGAUCGAGGAGAGGCUGGCGAUUGCCAACAUGACCACCGAGUGGGGCGCGCUUGCCGGUCUCUUCCCCACGGACGACGUCACGCUCGGCUGGUACGAGAAGCAGAUCCGCAAGCGCGACAAGCUCGAGUUCCAGAUCGGCUCGUCGCCCUCGCCGUCCGGCUCGCACCCGCGUCUGAACAUGCACCGACUCGACGAGCUCUCGCGCACGCUUCUCCGCCCAGACGCCGAUGCACUCUACUCGAAGCACCUCACGCUCGACCUCGCCACGCUUGUCCCGCACGUGAGCGGGCCGAACUCGGUCAAGGUCUCGACGCCGCUCGACGAGCUGGCGCACCAGAACAUCGCCAUCAACAAGGCCUACCUCGUGUCGUGCGUCAACUCGCGCGCGUCCGAUCUCAAGGCGGCCGCCGACGUCAUCCGCGGCAAGAAGGUCGCCAAGGGUGUCGAGUUCUACGUGGCAGCGGCGAGCAGCGUGGUGCAGCGUGAGGCAGAGGAGGCAGGCGACUGGGGCGCCCUGAUGGCCGCAGGCGCCAAGCCGUUGCCGGCGGGAUGUGGUCCUUGCAUCGGCCUCGGCGUGGGUCUGCUCGAGGACGGCGAGGUGGGCAUCUCGGCGACCAACAGGAACUACAAGGGCAGGAUGGGCAGUCCCAACGCCCAGGCCUACCUCGCCUCGCCCGCCGUGGUGGCGGCGUCGGCCAUCGAGGGCAAGAUCUGCGGCCCGUCGGAUCUGGACCCCUCGCUGCUGCCUCCCUCGCGCGGGCUCAAGUACUCGAUCUCGACCAGUGCCGAUGCAGCCUCGGCGGCGUCGUCCUCGGCCUCGACCGACGCAGCUGGCGUCGAAGUGCUCCCUUCUUUCCCCAAGUCUUUCUCGGGUCCGUUGAUCUUUGCGCCGCAGGACAACCUCAACACAGACGGCAUCUACCCGGGCAAGUACACGUACCAGGACGACAUUACGCCCGACAAACAAGCCGAAGUGGUCAUGGAGAACUACGACGCCACGUUUGCCUCGACUGUUGCCUCGCUCCGCAGCAACAGCAGUGCUGCCGAGUCGGACGGGGUCAAGCUCGGACCUGUUUUGCUGGGUGGGUACAACUUUGGCACGGGCAGCUCGCGCGAGCAGGCAGCCACAGCUCUCAAGUACGCCGGUGUUCCACUCGUGCUCGCCGGUAGCUUCGGCGACAUCUUCAAGCGCAAUGCGAUCAACAACGGUCUCAUCUGCCUCGAAUCGCACGAGCUCGUCCAGGACCUCACCGCGCUCUACCUCGGAUCCAAGGACGCCGUUCGAAACCAAAAGGCCAUCCUGCUCGACCAGUCCAACGUGCAAAUCAACUCGGCCACGGGCGAGAUCAACCUCUCCUACACCGCUCCCGACGGCUCAAAGGUCAACAAGAAGUACAUCGCCAAGCCUGCAGGCAUCGGCAAGAGCGUCCAGGAGAUCUACACCGCUGGCGGCCUCGAAAAAUGGGUCAAGGAGCGCAUCUAA